UCCCCGAUCUCACACACUAGCACCAAAACACACACACACACACACGCUCGCUCACACAGCAAAUUAACACACCCCAUCCCCUUAACCCCAAAAAAAUAAUAAUAAUAAUAAUAAAAAGAAGGAAAGAGAAAAAGAAAGAGCGGCCAUGGGCCAGUCGGAUGGCGAUGGGGAACAACAACAGCUGCAGGAGGUACAAGUAAAUCAUGAUUUCUUCGAGCAACACGUCGUCGUAAUGAGGCACGGAGACAGGUUAGACAACUUCGACUUGUUGUGGGCCAGCAAGGCCUCUCGGCCCUGGGAUCCACCAUUAACCCAAGAUGGAAAAGACCGGGCUUUUGCUCGCGGUCGGAAGUUCAGGGCCGGCCGCUCUCCCGUUAAUUUCCCUAUCCAUCGGGUCUUCGUUUCUCCAUUUCUCCGGUGUCUCCAGACCGCCACCGAAGUUGUCCACGGCCUCUGCGCCGUCAACGAUGACGAUCUCACCGUCACUUCCUCCAACGGCAUCACCAUCGACCCCUCCAAAAUCAAGGUCGCUGUUGAGUAUGGAUUGUGUGAAAUGUUGAAUGCAACUGCAGUUAGACCUGAGAAUGUUCCUAAGGACUAUGACUUUGGUUUUGACAUCUCUAAGUGUGAAGCUGUCUUACCAGCUGGAACUAUAGAUCACAGCGUGGAACCGGUUGAUAAGGAGAUCCCACAAUGGGGAGAGUUACCAGCUGAUGCUCGAAUCAGAUAUUGUUCAGUCAUAAAAGAACUUGCUGAUAAAUAUCCCUCAGAGAACUUGUUGCUUGUGACACAUGGAGAAGGAGUUGGGUCUUCUGUUACAGCAUUUGCAGAAAACACACAGGUAUAUGCAGCUGACUACUGCGGAUAUUCACACUUGAGCAGAUCUGUAUUUCCUGCUGAAGACGAGUCUUUUACUGCUGGACCAUUUAAGGUCCAUAUAAAGGAUGGUGAAAAUGGCCUCAGUUACUGUGGAUCUAGUGUUGAGCGAGAUUCUACAUAAUUUGAUCCUUCUGCUAAUUCUUUUACGUAUAUCGUUCGAAUUGCAGAGACGAAACUUGUGAGACCAAUCACGUUCCAACAACUAUACACAUGUCGUACGUGGUCAUACAAUUCCAGAUUCUGGACUAGUUUUUCCCGAAAGUGUUAGAUAUUAGUUGCAACUUGGUGUGUGUACAUUUUACUUGCAUCCUUAGUUGUUUUACGAACUAGCAAUGAAGUUUGCAGCAAGCAAUCAUUUCAAGGAAGGAAAUUAGAAAUUACAUUAGCUAGGA